UUAUUUCGCGAGAUUUGCUUGGCGCGGUGACCCAUGUGAGCGACACCUCCUGCAAGAAUCAUUCUCCCCUGCAGAGGAAAAGGCUAUGGAGUGCUGAACGUUUUCACUGUUAUUCCCCUUUCCCCCCAAGCCCCUGUAUUUGUUGUGAUUAGAUUUCUGUAACCUUUUUGGUGGCUAUCGGGCGGUGGAACAAUGUGGAUUCAAAUUCGGACCAUAGACGGAAAGGAGACACGAACCAUUGAGGAUCUUUCCAGGCUGACCAAAAUUGAGUCUCUGAGGCUGAAAAUCCAAGAGAUCUUCAAUGUAAACCCCGGACAACAACGGUUAUUCUAUCGGGGCAAACAGAUGGAAGAUGGCCACACACUGUAUGACUACAACGUGGGUCUGAACGAUAUCGUCCAGCUGCUUAUCCGUUCCCAAGCGGGGGACGCUACAGACAGUCCUCUCAUCUCUCCCUCCGUCAUCUCCCCUGUCGUCAGCCCCAAGGAGUGUGACACAAUGCCCCCCACCACUCCCAACACUACGACUGGUGCAGCUACCACCCCCUCUAAACCUACCACCGUGGCCCCAACACUUACCCCCAAACCCACCACAGUCAACAACAACACAACCACCACUGGCAACACCAGUACUACCACCAACACCAGUACUACCACCAACACCAGUACAACUACCAGUAAGAAAACGAUUAACACCAGCGAUCCCAAUAACAAUGCAGACGAGUCUUCUUCGGAUCCACCGGCACGGCUGGAGAAACACCACAACCAGACAUCAACCUCUGCACGUCCCUUCCUCAUAGACGCGGGAAUUGGGGUGUUCAAGAUAAACGAGUUGGUGGACUGCAGGGACAUAAGCAUCGGUGCCUGGUUUGAAGCCUGCAUUGACAACGUGUCACGCAGCCCAAAGGGACAGAACAGCACCAGUAAAGCUCCUACAGCAGGGAAGGUUGGCAGGCCUAGCAAAAGGACUAACGGCAAGCUUGAGACAGAGCCGGACCAAGGCCAAAGCCACCUCUCCUCCUCAGACAAUAAUAAUGGGAAUAAUUGUUCUGUGUUGAACUCUGCCAGUAUUGGGCCAGGGGCUGGGCCCUCCACCUCUCAAACAGACUCUACUGCCACAGACAAAGAGAAGGAGGAUGUGACGUACCACAUCAGAUAUGAUGAUUACCCUGAGAACGGCGUGGUGGAGAUGUGUGGCGGUAACGUGCGGCCGCGUGCUCGGACCCUACUCAGGUGGGACCAGCUCACGGUAGGCCUGGUUGUCAUGGUGAACUACAACAUAGAGAUCCCUGAGGAGAGGGGCUUCUGGUUCGACGCUGAGAUUACAGCACUCAAUGAGAUCUCCAGGACCAACAAGGAGGUCCGCAUCAGAAUCCUGCUGGGAGGGCCAGGGGACGUCAUCCCAGACUGUAAACUGUUGUUUCUGGAUGAGAUCUAUCAGAUUGAGAAGACUGGAGCACACUCGCUGUCUGCUGUAGAUGGACAGUUCAAACGCAAGAGCGGGCCGGAGUGUAAGCACUGCAAGACGGACCCCGAGUCGGAGUGCAGGUUCUGCUCGUGCUGCGUGUGUGGAGGGAAGCAGGAUGCCCAUAUGCAGCUGCUGUGUGAUGAGUGUAACAUGGCCUUCCAUAUAUACUGUCUCAACCCACCGCUAGACACCAUACCUGACGACGAGGACUGGUACUGUCCCACCUGUAAGAACGACACCAGUGAGGUGAUUAAGGCCGGGGAGAAGCUGAAGGCCAGUAAGAAGAAAGCCAAGAUGCCCUCGGCUCAUACAGAGAGCCAGAGGGACUGGGGCAAGGGUAUGGCCUGUGUGGGGCGCACUAAGGAAUGUACCAUCGUCCCCUCCAACCAUUACGGGCCCGUACCUGGGGUUCCCGUGGGAACGACAUGGAAGUUCCGCGUUCAGGUGAGCGAGGCGGGAGUGCACAGGCCCCACGUGGGAGGUAUCCACGGCCGCAGUAAUGAUGGCUCCUAUUCGCUGGUGCUGGCUGGGGGCUUCGAAGAUGAAGUGGACAGGGGAGAUGAGUUCACCUACACAGGCAGCGGGGGUCGCGACCUUUCAGGGAACAAGCGCAUCGGGGAGCAUUCCUUUGACCAGACCCUGACCCACUACAACAGGGCCCUGGCGCUGAACUGUGACGCCCCCAUCAACGACAAGGACGGGGCGGAAUCCAGGAAUUGGCGUGCGGGGAAGCCGGUGAGGGUGGUGCGGAGCUCCAAGGGUCGACGCAUCAGCAAGUACGCUCCGGAGGAGGGCAACCGAUACGAUGGCAUCUACAAGGUGGUGAAGUACUGGCCAGAGAAAGGGAAGUGUGGUUUCCUGGUGUGGAGGUACUUGCUGCGAAGGGAUGACCUGGAGCCUGCUCCCUGGACACCUGAGGGGCUGGCGCGCAUCCAGACACUGGGUCUGGCUGUGCAGUAUCCUCCAGGCUACGUGGAGGCCAUGGCCAACAAGACCAAGAAGGAGGCUAAUGCUCGUCCAGGGUCCACCAGGAGCAAGAAGCACCCUGGUCGGGGCCGGCCGCGGCUACAAUCUCUGAAGAAAGUGAAGGAGGAGGAGGAUGAAGAGGAGGAGGAAGAGAAGCCCAUGGAGGGUACAGACCAGUCACAGAGUAACGGCAGUCAGGAGACAGAGGUGUGUAAGGAAUCGACGGAGCCCCGAGCCAAGCGUCAGAAGAUGGAGGAGUCGUUCCAGCUGACAGAGCAGCAGCAAAGCCUCAUAAAGGAAGACCAGCCCAACAGAAAGAACUGGGACGAGGCCAUGGGACACCUCAAGGAGGGGCCGAACUUCCUGAGGAAGGUGGAACAGACGUUUAUGUGUGUCUGCUGCCAGGAGCUGGUCUACCAGCCCAUCACCACAGUCUGUACACACAACGUGUGCAAGACCUGUCUCCAGCGGUCGUUCCGUGCUGAGGUGUAUACCUGCCCUGCCUGUCGCCACGACCUGGGGAAGGAUUACGUCAUGGUCCUAAACAAGACUCUACAGCUGCUGCUGGACCAGUUCUUUCCUGGCUAUAGCAAGGGCCGAUGAGGACAAGACACCUGCACUUACCCAAACAGUUACACACAGACCCAUGAUGCAUACAAACAAACAUAGGCAUACACAGUUAUUCAUACAUUGGUACAUAGUAUACACACACCCUCCAUCUCCUAGGCAGCAGGGACUGACCCCACCUGUUGGACUUGGACUGUCCCCAUUUAUGUCACCAGCCUGAAGUCAUCCAAGCCCCAGGAGAGCCUGGAGCACCAUGCCCCUACACCCCCAAUGGGUUCUCAUCCUUGGGUACCAACACCCCCCUCCCCACCCCCCCCCCCCCCCCCCCUCCAAUGAGUUCCCUCCCUAGCCUUCCACGUCCACAGAACUCAUCAGUUCAUCGCCAUCUACCUGUCCAUGUGAGGAACAGCCAGAGAGGAUGCUAAUGCUAACCAUAGCCAUGUAGAGAAUAUGUCUCUGAUGCUAACGCUACUUAGCCUCCAAUGGGAGGGUGCCUGAGGUCAGCAGCACCUACAGGGGUCAGGGAUUACCACCUAGGAGAGAGGGUUGAUGGGAAAUGUAGUGUACAAUGUGAAAGGUUAUUUCUUUAUUACUGGUCCAUUUGAACUUUAGACACAAAUGGCUUCAUUCUUUUAAAGGCCCUGUGCAGUCAAAACUAGAUUUUCUUGUUUUAUAUAUAUUUCCACACUGAGGUUGUAAUAAUACUGUGAAAUUGUGAAAUUUAUGAUAAUGCCCUUUUAAUUUAAGAGCUGUUUGAAAAGACUGCCUGAAAUUUCAGCCUGUUUUGGUGGAAUGGAGUUUGGCUUUCCGUGGUGACAUCACAAUGUGGUAAAUUAGUUAAUAUACCAAUAAGAAAGAGUUCCAAACCUCUCUGCCAAUAACAGCAAAUGCUUUGUUUUCUCUUCUGCACUCAAACCACUCCCAGACAGUCCUAGCAAAGUUCUUGCUUGAGUAAUUGCUAUUUCUCAAGCAAGCUAUAUAAGGAGCUAUUUUUGAUCGUUUUUAUUGAAAACGAUCACAGUAAGGUACUUUGUUGUAGCCUUGUACGAACCACCCUGGUCUCGCGAGUUCACAUUGUUUCCCUACACGGAUAUCCAGGAUGGUUUGUACGAGGCUAGCUUAAUUGUUUCCUAGAAAUGAUUUGAAUAUUGAGAUAAAAACUGGCUGCAUUGGACCUUUAAAGAUGUGUGCCUGUUCCUCCCUUCCUCCUCUGUUCCUCCCUUCCUCCUCUGUUCCUCCCUUUCUCCUCUGUUCCUCCCUUUCGCCUCUGUUCCUUGUCUGUCUGUUCCUCCCUUUCUCCUCUGUUCCUUGUCUGUCUGUUCCUCCCUUCCUCCUCUGUUCCUCCCUUUCUCCUCUGUUCCUUGUCUGUCUGUUCCUCCCUUUCUCCUCUGUUCCUUGUCUGUCUGUUCCUCCCUUUCUCCUCUGUUCCUCCCUUUCUCCUCUGUUCCUCCCUUUCUCCUCUGUUCCUCCCUUUCUCCUCUGUUCCUCCCUUUCUCCUCUGUUCCUCCCUUUCUCCUCUGUUCCUCCCUUUCUCCUCUGUUCCUCCCUUUCUCCUCUGUUCCUCCCUUUCUCCUCUGUUCCUUGUCUGUCUGUUCCUCCCUUUCUCCUCUGUUCCUCCCUUUCUCCUCUGUUCCUUGUCUGUCUGUUCCUCCCUUUCUCCUCUGUUCCUUGUCUGCCUGUUCCUCCUCUGUUCCUUGUCUGUCUGUUCCUCCCUUCCUCCUCUGUUCCUCCCUUUCUCCUCUGUUCCUUGUCUGUCUGUUCCUCCCUUUCUCCUCUGUUCCUUGUCUGCCUGUUCCUCCUCGGUUCCUUGUCUGCCUGUUCCUCCCUUUCUCCUCUGUUCCUUGUCUGUCUGUUCCUCCCUUUCUCCUCUGUUCCUUGUCUGCCUGUUCCUCCCUUCCUCCUCUGUUCCUCCCUUUCUCCUCUGUUCCUCCCUUUCUCCUCUGUUCCUUGUCUGUCUGUUCCUCCCUUUCUCCUCUGUUCCUUGUCUGUCUGUUCCUCCCUUCCUCCUCUGUUCCUCCCUUUCUCCUCUGUUCCUUGUCUGUCUGUUCCUCCCUUUCUCCUCUGUUCCUUGUCUGUCUGUUCCUCCCUUUCUCCUCUGUUCCUCCCUUUCUCCUCUGUUCCUCCCUUUCUCCUCUGUUCCUCCCUUUCUCCUCUGUUCCUCCCUUUCUCCUCUGUUCCUCCCUUUCUCCUCUGUUCCUUGUCUGUCUGUUCCUCCCUUUCUCCUCUGUUCCUCCCUUUCUCCUCUGUUCCUUGUCUGUCUGUUCCUCCCUUUCUCCUCUGUUCCUUGUCUGCCUGUUCCUCCUCUGUUCCUUGUCUGUCUGUUCCUCCCUUCCUCUUCUGUUCCUCCCUUUCUCCUCUGUUCCUUGUCUGUCUGUUCCUCCCUUUCUCCUCUGUUCCUUGUCUGCCUGUUCCUCCUCGGUUCCUUGUCUGCCUGUUCCUCCCUUUCUCCUCUGUUCCUUGUCUGUCUGUUCCUCCCUUUCUCCUCUGUUCCUUGUCUGUCUGUUCCUCCCUUUCUCCUCUGUUCCUUGUCUGUCUGUUCUUGUGGUGAUGUUCUUUUUCUUUCAAAUAUUUCAGGAUUUUUUAAAGACAUGCAAAUGCAAAAUGUUUUAAAUAAUGCUAUGGUCUCUAAAGCAGCAAACUGUGAUGUUUAUUACUUCCUUCCUACCUACUGCUCGAAGUGCUUAUAUACAAAACAGAAAUGUUCUUCUGCAUUGACUGGCAAGCUAAUUGUGUCCUUCUCCUUUGAGCUUCUCUUCGUCCCCCCCUGUCCCUAGGGUUGCAAGAUUCCGGUAACUUUCCAAAAUUCCCAGGUUUUCCAGGAAUUCUGGUUGAAAGAUUCACGGAAUCAGGGGGGAGUAAGCAGCAAAUCCAGGACUCCUUCAACAGGGAUUUCAGGAAAACAUUUGAGAAUGUUUUUCAACCCUACCUGCCCCCCAGUCUUGUACCGUACCGACCCCUACCGUGGACUACAGUACUAACAGUUCUUUAGACGUCAAGUGGAUGCUUCGCUUCAGCAUUAAUGUUCUGUUUUUAUUGUACUUGUUAAAAAGAAAAUAUGUUGAAAAGAAAAAAAGUGAUGUCUAUCAUUUCCUAUACUACUAUAACGUAUGCCAUUUUUCUAUAAUUUUAGUUGCCUAUUCUAUUUUAAUCUGUAGUUAUUUUUGUGGCAACCUUUACCUACUGCUGUGUCAGUCUGAAUGGAGAGUUUCAUUUCUUCAUAUUGUGAUCUGAAAUUUUAUACAUGGUAUAAUAAUACUUGAUAUGUACCUAAUUAAAUAUUUUGAUUCCAGAAAGCAACAA